AGCUCACAGCACCACCCUGUCUUUUGUGGACCUGCACAGUGAUCCCCGAGCCAGACUGGAUUAGGAAACCUCGCGACCAGGAGUCCGGAGAGAGGCCUCCGGUUCCCAGGCACUUCAGGGAGAGAAGGCUGAAACGAUGCAUCAGAUCUACAGCUGCAGUGACGAAAACAUAGAAGUUUUCACCACCGUGAUUCCUUCCAAGGUGUCCAGUCCAGGCAGAAGAAGAGUCAAAAGCUCCCAACACCUCCUGACCAAGAAUGUGGUGAUCGAGUCAGACCUGUACUCACAUCGGCCCCUAGAGCUGCUACAGCACCGUGGUGACCGCAGGGACACAGUGGACGGCCGCAGGGUGGGCCGACUCCAGACCGCGCGGCCUCCCGGGGUGCCCCCGGCCAAAGCUCUCCCCAGACCUGGGGGGAUUUCUGAACCCAAAGCAUCAAAUCUGUGUGGGAAUCGAGCAUACGGCAAAUCUUUGAUGCCUCCAGGGCCCCGUAUCCCAGUGGAGGCAGCAGCCACUGGCACGGAGAAGGGAGCUGUUCUGACGAGAGGGUCAAGGCAUCUCAAGAAGAUGACCGAAGAGUACCCAACUCUUCCCCAGGGAGUGGAAGCCUCCCUACCGCUGACAGGCAGUGCUUCCUGUGGUGUCCCCAGCAUCCUCCGGAAAAUGUGGACAAGACACAAGAAGAAGUCAGAAUAUGUGGGAGCCACUAACAGCGCCUUUGAGGCUGACUAA